ACUGAAAAGAGUGUAGAGAUGUUGUUUGUACAUAUGCGCGGUGAAACUACGCCUAUUCCAGUGCCCCGCCUGCUUUGGGCAGAGCUGUGACGUAAUCGCAAAUUGCUCUGUGCGUGAGACACUCUGUGCAAGCCCAUGAUAAGGGUGAAACUGUGCCGCGUCCACCUCUUUUGCCAGUGAGUCCUGAAAGCUCGAAGCUGCUGGAGUUUGCGGUGCGAUCUGUGGCCAGCGAGAUUCUCAAUCAAGUGGGAUUUUGGUCAGUGAAUUUUCUCGGUUCAGUGAGGAUUUUCGCGGAUGGUUGCUCUCAGAGUCACUCCCUCGGAAUUCUGGCGCCAAAGUUUGUGCGAUGGUGUUUUCCGUCACACUCUCCCCCGGACAAUUUGUCUGCUGUGCGUGGAAUGGGGCGCGCGCGACCGCGAGAGAAGACGGGACACAAUUCAUUUUGGGUGGCAAAGCGCUCACAUCAUCACUUGGAACAACAAAAGGCUGUGCAGAGAGUGCGAAAGAGAGACUCGCGCGGAGAGAAAAGAGUCUUCCGUGUCUCCCCCAAAGCAUGCUAAUGCAAGCACUGAAAACACCAAUAUAAUGCCCAGAGUGAGGCAAGAGUGAGCUCACUCAGUGUCCAAGAGUCGUCGACGAGUGUGGGUGGCACCGUUUCAUCAAUCUUCCUGGCCACUUUCUGUGACUCCCAAGAGUCUCGGUCCCCUGAGUGCUGGCUGGAAUCUUUGUGUCACAAUUUUCCCACAAUUGGGACGACUUCUUUCAUCUCGUCCGCGUCUGAAUUGCUGGUGAAGUGGCAGGAUUCGGAUGAGAGUUUGGGCAGUGAUUGUGAAGUAAUAUUUGGGUCAGGAAAGUGCAAGGAGGAGCGCAAUGGCUCAGUUCGUAACGCAUAUCCAGCCGACGCUGAUGGAGGCCUCCCAGGGGCACUCGCCCCAUCAUCACGGCCACCACGGGCAUCACGGCCAUGGCAUUCAGUCGCCGCCGUCGGUGAACAAUCACCACCAUCCGCCGAUGAAGCAGCAUUCCAAGCCGCAGCAUGGACACCACGAGACACACUCGCAUCGUCAUCACCACUUUUCUUCUGAUGGAAACACCUCAUUUCUUCGAGCGGCACGAGCCGGCAACCUUGAUAAGGUGCUCGAGCAUCUGAAGAACAACAUAGACAUCAAUACAUGCAAUGCUAAUGGCCUCAACGCCCUGCAUUUGGCAUCGAAGGAUGGACACGUGCACGUGGUGGCGGAGCUGCUGCGACGCGGCGCCACCGUGGAUAGCGCCACGAAGAAGGGCAACACGGCGCUGCACAUCGCUUCGCUCGCCGGCCAGGAGGAGGUGGUGAAGCUGCUGCUGCAGCACAGCGCCUCCGUGAAUGUGCAGUCGCAGAACGGCUUCACGCCGCUCUACAUGGCGGCGCAGGAGAACCACGACUCGGUGGUGAAGCUGCUGCUGUCCAACGGCGCCAACCAGAGCCUGGCCACGGAAGACGGCUUCACGCCACUGGCUGUGGCGAUGCAGCAGGGUCACGACAAGGUGGUGGCUGUGCUCCUGGAGAGCGACACGCGCGGGAAGGUGCGCUUGCCCGCGCUCCACAUUGCCGCCAAGAAGGAUGACGUGAAAGCUGCAACGCUUCUCCUUGAGAACGACCACAAUCCGGACGUGACUUCGAAGUCAGGCUUCACGCCGCUGCACAUCGCGUCGCACUACGGCAAUGAGGCGAUCGCCAAUCUGCUGAUCCAGAAGGGAGCGGACGUGAACUACGCCGCCAAGCACAACAUCAGCCCGCUGCACGUGGCCGCGAAGUGGGGCAAGACGAACAUGGUGUCGCUGCUGCUGGAGAAGGGCGCCAAUAUCGAGAGCAAGACCCGCGACGGGCUCACGCCUCUGCACUGUGCCGCGCGCUCGGGUCACGAGCAAGUGGUGGAUAUGCUGCUGGAGCGCGGCGCACCCAUCAGCGCCAAGACGAAGAACGGCCUGGCGCCGCUGCACAUGGCGGCGCAAGGCGAGCAUGUGGACGCUGCGCGCAUCCUGCUCUACCACCGUGCGCCCGUGGACGAGGUGACAGUGGACUAUCUCACGGCGCUGCACGUGGCCGCGCACUGCGGUCACGUGCGCGUGGCGAAACUGCUGCUUGACCGAAACGCCGACGCCAAUGCACGCGCUCUCAACGGCUUCACGCCGCUGCACAUUGCGUGCAAGAAGAACCGAAUCAAGGUGGUGGAGUUGCUGCUGAAGCACGGCGCCAGCAUCAGCGCGACCACGGAGAGCGGCCUCACGCCGCUGCACGUAGCCAGCUUCAUGGGCUGCAUGAACAUCGUUAUCUACUUGCUGCAGCACGACGCCAGUCCCGACGUUCCGACCGUUCGCGGCGAGACUCCGCUCCAUCUGGCAGCGAGAGCCAACCAGACUGACAUCAUCCGGAUCCUGCUGCGAAACGGCGCCCAAGUGGACGCGCGCGCUCGCGAGCAACAGACGCCGCUGCACAUCGCGUCGCGCCUCGGGAACGUGGACAUCGUGAUGCUGCUGCUGCAGCACGGCGCGCAGGUGGACGCCACGACGAAGGACAUGUACACGGCGCUGCACAUCGCGGCCAAGGAGGGCCAAGACGAGGUUGCAGCGGUGUUGAUUGAGAAUGGCGCUUCUCUCGAUUCUGCCACGAAGAAAGGCUUCACGCCGUUACAUCUCACGGCUAAGUACGGCAACAUCAAGGUUGCACAGCUGCUGCUGCAGAAGGACGCGCCUGUGGAUGCGCAGGGCAAGAAUGGAGUCACGCCGCUGCACGUGGCAAGUCACUAUGACCACCAGAACGUGGCUCUGCUGCUGCUUGAGAAGGGCGCCAGUCCACACGCCACGGCUAAGAAUGGCCACACGCCGCUUCACAUUGCUGCGCGCAAAAACCAGAUGGACAUCGCUACCACGCUGCUCGAGUACGGAGCCCAGGCGGACUCCGAGAGCAAGGCAGGCUUCACGCCGCUGCACCUGAGCGCCCAGGAAGGCCACGGUGACAUGUCGACUCUUCUGCUGGAGCACAAGGCGGAUGCCAAUCAUCAGGCGAAGAACGGCCUAACACCCAUGCAUCUCUGCGCCCAGGAAGACAAGGUGAACGUCGCCCAGAUCCUGCAGAAGGCCGGAGCGAAUACCAACGCCGUCACCAAGGCUGGUUACACGCCACUCCACGUGGCUUCGCACUUUGGCCAAGCCAAUAUGGUGCGAUUCCUGCUGCAGAAUGGCGGAGAAGUGGACUCGUCCACCCAAAUCGGCUACACGCCACUCCACCAGGCCUCGCAGCAAGGACACAUUCACAUUGUGACACUUCUGCUGGAGAACAACGCUGAUCCGAAUGCGGAAACCCAAACUGGCCAAACCCCUCUGCACAUUGCACGCAAGUUGGGAUACAUUAGUGUCCUGGACUCUCUCAAAGCGGUGACCGACGAAAAAGGCUCUCCUGAGCAGACAGUCGUCGAUGAGAAAUACCGCGUCGUGGCUCCGGAAGCGAUGCACGAGACAUUCAUGUCGGACUCUGAGGAGGAAGGAGGUGAGGACACAGUUCUGAGUGACCAGCCGUAUCGCUACUUGACCGUGGAUGAGAUGAAGUCUCUUGGCGACGAUUCGCUGCCGAUUGACGUGACUCGAGACGAGAGAAUUGAUUCUAACAAGAUGGUGCAGAGCACAGAAUCCGCACAGAUUCCGCCAACUGCUCUUGAGGACAGCAUCAGUCCUCAGCACGCCAACAACUUGGGCCGCAGCUACACGGACGGCGUAAAGUACAUCCCAGACAAUGUCAACAUCGAGAGACAUCCUCAGCACUUCGGAAAACUCCACUGGAAAAACUUCCUGGUGUCCUUCCUCGUGGAUGCGCGCGGAGGCGCAAUGAGAGGCUGUCGUCACAGUGGCGUGCGCAUCAUCGUGCCCGCGCAGUCGGCUGCGCAGCCCACGCGCAUCACUUGCCGCUACGUGAAGCCGCAGAGGACCAUGCAUCCGCCGCAGCUGAUGGAGGGCGAGGCGCUGGCCAGCCGCGUGCUAGAGUUGGGUCCGGUGGCAGCCAAAUUCCUCGGUCCGGUGAUCAUGGAGGUGCCGCAUUUUGCCUCAUUGCGCGGCAAGGAGCGCGAAAUUGUCAUCCUGCGCUCCGACAACGGCGAGACUUGGCGCGAACACACCGUGGAGAAUGCCGACGAGAUCAUCCAUGAUGUUCUCAAUGAGUGUUUCGAGCCGGAAGAUCUGAACCAGCUGGAUGACUUGGGUGGCGGCAGAGUGUGUCGCUUCGUGACGUACGACUUCCCACAGUACUUCGCUGUGGUGUCGCGCAUCCGCCAAGAGGUGCAUGCCAUCGGGCCGGAGGGCGGUAUGGUGUCCAGUACGGUGGUGCCGCAGGUGCAGGCCGUCUUCCCACAGGGUGCUCUGACCAAGAAGAUCAAAGUGGGACUGCAGGUAAAUCUCUUUAAGCCGCGAAAGGGCGUUGCGCCGGAGAAACUGCGCAAGAUUAGUGUGAAUCACGUGCCGAAAAAGAAGCGCUUCUCCCUUAUUUGGUAAAUGAAAUGCGCGCGCCCAAUGCCAAAGUCUCAGUCCAGUCUUCUCUUUGUAAUACUCUUAUACUUUUCCAAUGAAUAAUCCGUAUAUUUGAGAAUAUAAUCGAUACAAUGAAGAAUCAAACUGCCACGAAUACUUAACCAUUUCACGACGAUUUUAUGUUCUUCACAAUUGUAAGAAGAUUGCAAUUAAUUCAUGAUUAUUAAUAGGUUGAAUUCACUUUAAUGAUCAGAUUAAAUGGUUUCUCAGUAUUUUAAAGAGUCAACAGAUUAUUGUGCAAUAUGAAUUGUCAAUUUCACAAUCGACAGAAGGCUAAAAUCAUCGUGAAAAGGUUAAUUUUUCUUAUAUUAAUAUAUAAACCAAAUAGAAUUGAAUGAAUACUGUAAUCUUCAGAGUCAUAUUUAUAGAUUAGAUUUGAAAGAACAAUAUGAGGUGGUUUUAAGGCGAAACUCUUCUGUUGUGACUGGAAU